AGUAUUAAUCAUGAAUUCGGUGUUUGUGGUAUUGUCCGUGCUCUUCCUGUCCACGUCUUGGUCUCUGCGCACCGACAACCAAUUCUGGAAAGAUCUAGCCAAAAAAGAAUUAGAAGAAGCUCUACACACAAAAUGGAAUCUUAAUGCAGCGAAAAACGUUAUAAUAUUUGUUGGCGAUGGCAUGGGACCUAAUACUGUUACCGCCACUAGAAUGUACAUGGGUGGAGAAAGUCACCGAUUGUCAUAUGAACAGUUCCCGCAUAUGGGAUUACUGAAAACGUACUCGGCAGACAAAAUGGUGCCCGAUUCUGCCUGUUCCGCCACAGCACUAUUCAGUGGAGUGAAGAUCAACAAAGACACAAUCGGAGUAGAUGCUAGUGUCAAACGGGGAGACUGUGAGAGGUCUUUGCUGCCAGAGACCAGACUUAAAUCUCUAGCUGCAGAGGCGAUAGAUGCAGGAAAAAGUGCUGGGUUUGUGACGACCAUGAGAGUGACACAUGCAACGCCUGGCCCAUUAUAUGCCCACAGUGCGGACCGCUUAUGGGAAUGCGACGCAUUCAUGCCAGCUGGUACAGAAAAUUGCAAAGACAUUGCUCGCCAGUUGGUCGAAGACGAACCAGGAAGAAAUUUUAAUGUGAUCUUAGGAGGUGGUAGAAAUGGUUUCAUACCAAGCGAAGCAGUGAAUGCGUGGGCCUGCGCUAGAAAUGACAGUCGCAAUUUAAUAGAAGAUUAUGAGAAAGACAAAAAAGAACGCGGUUUGAAAUACAGAAUUGUUUCAAAUAAAACUGAACUAGGAAACUUCGAUCCAGAUAAUACUGAUUACCUCUUGGGAAUAUUUGCCGACGGCCAUCUCAGCUAUGAGUAUCAAAGAAACCAAACUGAUAUACCCUCUCUUUCCGAAAUGGUGGCAGCAGCAAUCAAAGUCUUGCAAAAGAAUGACAACGGCUUCUUUCUCAUGGUAGAAGGCGGCAACAUAGACAUGGCACAUCACAGAGGAUGGGCAAAGGUCGCCAUAGACGAAUCAGCCGCCAUGGAAGAAGCAGUGAAGGUUGCCUUGGCGAUGAUUGAUGAAAAGAACACGUUAUUCAUUGUCACCAGCGACCACACCCACACACUUUCUAUCAACGGCUACCCAAAGAGAGGCUCUAACAUUUUUGGGAUAGCAGAAGCUUCCUCAUACGACGGCAUAAAUUACACUACACUAUCGUACAGUACUGGGGGGCCAGACUCGUUUCACUUCUACGUGCACACAGACGAGAACAAUGAGACUACAGUAAGGAGACGUGACCCCAGCACGGAGGACACCGACCACAUGCUGUAUAAUCAAAUUGCAGGCAUCAAGCUCAUUGAGAACUCUCACGGAGGCGGCGAUGUUACAAUAUACGCCAAAGGACCCCAUGCGCAUUUAUUUCACAACGUCCAUGAACAACACUAUGUCUACCACGCAGUAAUGUAUGCCAUGACUUACUCUAACGGCUGUGCUCAAUUCGCCAGUGUCACAAUGCUGACUGUUAUAUUUCUGAUAAAUGUUAUACUAACGUUCUAAUAAUAAGUUCAUGUCAUAAUAAUAUAGUAUUUAUUGGAC